AUGCCUCCACAUAGAUCAAGAAGAGCGGAAGAAGCGACACCGACCCCCACACAAACCCAACGGCGCAGACGAGAUGAUCCACCCGAAGAAGACGAGCAUGUCGACAUGGACGAGGCAAUGAACCAGGGCAGCGGCAGCGUUGACCAGCUGGCAAAAGGCUUGGUGCGAUAUGCCCUGUCGUGCGAACGUUCACGGAAGCCUAUCAAGCGCCAAGAUAUCAAUGUAGCGGUACUCGGGUCAACAUACACUCGACUGUUCAAGGAUGUCUUCGCACAAGCAAACAGUCAGCUCAUGGACGUCUUCGGCAUGCAGUUGGUCGAACUGCCCAGAGCGGAGAAGGUGACACUGCGACAGAAGCGCGCUGCCGCUGCCUCGGAUUCCCAAAGCAAAAACACGAGUAUUUGGGUUCUGCAAACUAUCCUGCCCGACCAAUACCGUAUACCCGACAUCAUCGGCCCUUCGCGGCCAAUCGAAGAAGACAUAAAUCGAGAAGACUCGUAUGUGGGACUGUAUACCAUGGUCAUCGCCCUUAUCACAAUCCACGGCGGUCUAAUCCCAGAGGGCAAGCUGGAUCGCGCCCUCAGACGUAUGAACGCAGAUCAGACGACGCCCAUGGGGACCAAGGACAAGACGCUCGCCAACAUGAUCAAGGAUGGGUAUAUUGUAAAGGUCAAAGACACCCAGAACGGGGGCGAAGAGACGAUAGACUAUAUCGUUGGGCCCCGAGGCAAGAUGGAAGUCGGGCGGGAUGGUGUCGCGCAGCUUAUACGGAAAAUAUUUGGAAACAGCGAGGAUGGGGACGAGCUGGAUAAGAAGAUUGAGAGGACGCUGCAGGUGGCGGGUGCGAAUGACGAUGCUGCGCCGUCGGUUGAAGCGGCCAACGUUGCAUCGCAGGCGAACGGACGGAAACUGAUGGUUGGUAGCUCCAAGCUCCCCUCGGAAGGAUUCGAGGUUGCAUCAUCGGCCCAGCAAGCGCCAGAAAUUGCCAACAACAAAGACACGACACCAAAGGAAGGAGAGGCUGUUGGUGCAGUGCAUGUGCUUGGAUGGACAAUGAGCAGCAUCGACUCCCUCCUCAACCCCGACGCUGGCCUCCGCCGCCCGUCUGUCACCAGCCCGACCGCGACACCUGCCGACGACGCUGCCGAUGCCCUGACGACACUGGCAACUUUGGGCAGCGGGCAGCAGUUCGUGCCCGCUCCGACGCGCGAGCUGCCCUCGCCAACUGCCUCAUCUCACGCGCCGCGACGCACCAGCAGCUUCGGUACCCACCACGCGCCUGUAGAGCCCUCGCCACCCCUCGAACUACCCCAGGCCCGCUCGCCGACCCUGGAGCACUAUCACCAUGGGUCGAAUUCGCCAGAAGAGCAAAAGCGACGGCAAUCGCUGCUGUCGAGAACAUCGCCCGCCCCAGUGCUCGCGCCUAUACAAAAUUUGUCCACAGCCCUGCAAGAACAGACUCAAGACGAGAAGGCGUCAACAUCCAUCGGCGAAGAUGUGUCGCAAAUUGUACCAUCGGAUCAUGGUGGUGAAAGAGACAGCACCCAGCACCGCGAGCCUGCAUUCGUGCGCGACGAACCAACAACUUCACAGAUCCGCGAGCCUGAAGCGACCAAUGGCACACUACAGCCGGGUUCGAGUUCGCAUAACGGCGACAAGCUGCCUUCACCGCAGCCUUUCAUCAAAGACGAACCCUCUGGCACACCGCGCGAACACACACCUGCAGUCACUGCUUCUCAAUCCGAGCGACGAGGUUCUGUUACUGGCGAGAACAUGGAUGCCGAUGCGCUCAAGGCGCUUGAGAUUGCCAAGCAGAGCGACCUUGGACUACGGAGACGGAACCAGAGCGUUGCAGAGCGGUCAGAACGCGUACAAUCACCCGUGGACUCGAAACCAGCAUCUGCCCCGACCAAAAAACGACCAGCGCCAGCACCAGCCCCUGCUAUUAAAAAGAAGGGUACAGCAAAGACGUCAAAGCCCAGCAAGAAGCGCAAGGUGGAGACGGAAGAUGGCGCAACACGGUCAGUGACGCCUACCUCGAGGAUACCAAAGUCGGCCAGCAGCAGGGUUAUGAAGAAAGGCUCGCAUGCAGGCACACCCGCUCCUGGAUCCUCACCCGCACCAGACCGAUCUGACGAUGAAGGCGAUUCAUCUGAAGAUCACAACCUGUACUGCAUCUGUAAAAAACCGGACAAUCACAAGUGGAUGAUUGGGUGCGAUGGCGGUUGCGACGACUGGUUCCAUGGCGACUGCGUAAACAUGAAACAAGCGGAUGAGCAACUAGUCGACAAGUUUAUAUGUCCUCAGUGCGAGGAGAAUGGCAAGGGCAACACAACAUGGAAGCCAAUGUGCAGGCGGGAAGGCUGUCGAAAGCCUGCCAGGGUAGGGAAGGACCGAGAAAGCAAGUACUGCUCUGACGAUUGCGGAGUCCUCUUUAUGCAAGAACAGCUUCAACGAACAGCAGGAGCAAAAGGCGCCAAUGGAACAAAGGAAAAAUCUAAGAAGAAGAAGAGAGUCGAGGAAGAAGAAGAACCAACCCCUCUUGGCGGCACCCUCCGAGCCAAAGACCUCAAAGCCCUUGUUGACGCCUCGCCAAACAUCCAAGCUUUCAAGAACCUAGGCACCGGCGUUCUCACACCUCCACAAACCGCUUCGCCAUCCCGCGCAACCUUCCCCGCCAACGGCGAAGACCUUUCCCUUACCGCUGGCGAGAUCGAACGUUUGACCGCCCUUCACAAAGAGAAGACGCAACUCAAAGAUCGUUUAGAGGUACUCAAAGACCGCGAGAAGUUUGUUAGCAUGGCCAAGGAACAAGCUGUUCGCCUCGCCGACCGCGAGAAGAUCAAGAUGAAGGAUUUCUGUGGUUACGACAGCAGAUUAUCAUGGUCGGAUGCUGAGUUCCUACUUUGGCGGAAUAGCAAACACGGCCGCGCUGCGUUCCACCACUCCACCCUGAUUCCCACCCCAGAACAGAUUUCUUCGACGCCGACGCCUGCGGAUGGCGCGGAUGCAAUGGACAUUGAUGGUGGCGUAGAUGGAGAGGAGAAAGAAACAGCCUGUUUGAAGAAGCGCUGCCAGAAGCAUCCUCAGUGGCAGAAGCUUAACCUGCAAGAUGCCAGAUUUGAGGAAUUGGAAGUUGUUGAGGCGAUCAAGGAGUGUGAGAAAGAUGAGCGAUCCGUACGGGAUCGUGCGAGAAGAAGAGGCGCAAAGGAUGGAUUGGCGAAAGAACUCACUGGCGGCGAGGACGGGACCAAGGUGGAGAGGAAUAGGGAUGGAUGGGUUGAGGUUGUUGGCUCGUGA